AAUCUCGCCGUCUCCAUAACGAAGAAAAAAAGUAAAGAAAAUGGAGUUAUUCAAUAAAGGCACGGCCGUUAGAUUACGGAGCUGUCACGAAAAAUACAUCUUCGCCGUCGACGAUGAAAAAACCGUCCGUCAAAGCUCUGACGGAACGUCACGGCAAUCGUUAUGGACGGUGGAGAUGGUGCCACGUAAACCCAAAUUCAUCCGUCUCAAGAGCUGUUACGGCAAGUAUUUAACGGCGAGCGAGUCGUCGUUUCUUCUGGGAAUGACCGGAGCGAAAGUCAUCCAAACGCCGCCGUUUCGUCAAGCUGAGCACGAAAGCGACUGGGAGCCAAUCAGAGAAGAGUCAACGGUCAAACUCAUGUCGUGGAACGAGAAAUAUUUACGUGGGAACGGAGGAGCUCCGCCGUGGAAGAACUCUGUGACGUGUGAUCGUGAGCCACAUAUUUCAGCGACGAAGAAAUGGAUCUUGUGGUCUGUGGAGCUCGUUGAGAAUCCUGAUAAGGUUUUGUUUGCUGAUCGUUUUUCAUCACCGGCUUCGAGUUUUAACUCGUCGGUCUCCGACGGGUCAAAUCACGGGUCACCGGUUCAGAAAUUACCGACUUUUGGAUCUUCCGAAUCUAUCGGGUCGGAUCCUGGGUCACUUGCAUCGGUUUCUUCUUCUAAACUUAUGUUUACUCCGUCAAGGUCGGGUACAUUGUCCCCAAAACCAACAGAGAGGAAAAGUUCGAAGAAGAUAAUAGUAGAAAAUGUAUCAGCUAUGGAAAUAUUCCGGGAUGCGAAAUCGGCGAUCCGGUUAAAGAGCUGCCACGGUGGAUACUUGACGGCGUCGAAUGAGCGGUUUUUGUUGGGAGCGACGGGGCAUAAGGUGGUGCAGUCUAGGAGGAUCCGGGCCGGUGAGCCGGCGGGAGAGUGGGAGCCGGUGAAAGAAGGUUCAAAUGUUAAGCUGAGGAGUAGAAACGGCGGGAAUUAUUUGAGAGCCAAUGGGGGAGUGCCACCUUGGAGAAAUACGGUUACACAUGAUUCACCAAACCGGAGUGUUACGCAGAAUUGGGUGGUUUGGGACGUUGAUGUGGUCGAUAUUCAUGGGACCGGUUGAUUCAUGACUUUAAACUCGUCUUGAGACUUUAUCAUUAUGUUUGCAACAUGAUUAAUGUUCGUAUUUUGAUUAUUGGUUGGAUGUCACUGGAAUGCGUGUUGGAAUUUGUAAAAAAAAAUCAGCAAACACAGAGUUGCAACACUUGUAUCAAAGAAAUCUUGUUCUGAUAA